AUGCCAGCACCAAGAUCACAUGAAUGUUUUACCAAAAUCGCGUACGAUUCAAAAGUUUUGAAUCGUACGUCAAUACCAAGAAUUAUGAGAGUUUCACUAGAAGCACAAGCCAUGUCAGGAGCUAACUAUGUAGAAAACGGCUAUGACAUUGAAGAAUGGGAACGAAUGGAAUCUGAGGUACCUGCGUACUUAUUAGCCGAAGAAGAUGAAGAAAAAAUCGAACCGAACAAAAUAGUCCAUAAGUGUUAUUUUCUGUCCUCCGAAAAUAGUGAGAUGGAAUAUCACACUUGUGAUAAUGAAUGCGAUAAAGUCGAUCAAGCACAAUAUGAGGACCAAAAGGCAAAAUGUUGA